AUUAAUUCAAACUCAUGACUUUGUCUGGCUACAUAAGAAUAAGAGUUUAAGCCUAAAGAUAACUCACAAUGUUGAUUGUCAACUUGAAAUUCUGACAUGGCUUCAUUCCUACAUCUGUUUCUCUUCUCAUCUUUAACCAUAAUAUUUCCAAGCUUAAUUUCCUCCAAAAGCUUUACCACUUUAACACAAGGAUCAUCCCUUACAAUUCAAGACACUCUAAUUUCAAAACCAGGAUCCAUUUUCACUGCUGGAUUUUUCCAGGCUGGUGAAAAUGCAUACAUCUUUUCCAUAUGGUACACUGAUCAAUACGAAGGAAGCUACACCACAGUUUGGAUGGCUAAUCGAGAUGAACCCGUUAACGCGAAAGAAACCGCGCUUUUCUUGCGAAAUUCGGGCGACCUCCUACUGAUAGAUGCAGGGCAGGUCACCGUCUGGACAAGCAACACAGUUUCCAACUCCUCUGUUCAGUUAGAACUCCAUGACACUGGAAACCUCGUUCUCACCAAUUCUGAUGGUCAAAAUCUCUGGCAAAGUUUUGAUUUUCCCACCAAUACACUUCUUCCUCACCAGGAAUUCACCAAGAACUCUAUCCUUGUCUCCUCCAGGAGCAAAACCAAUCAUUCUUCAGGCUUUUACAAGUUAUACUUUGAUGGUGAUAGUAUCAUUCAUCUCCGUUAUGAAGGACCUAAUAUCACCAGUGUUUACUGGCCUAAUACUUGGAUAACCUUAUGGAGUGCAGGAAGAUCCACCUUUAAUGAUAGUAAGAUUGCUGUAUUGGAUUCAUCAGGCUAUUUCCAAUCAUCCGAUCUGUUCACGUUUAUGACCACUGAUUAUGGUUUUGGGCCUCAAAGAAGAAUGGUUAUGGAUGUCGACGGCGAUCUUCGGGUUUACAGUUUAGAUACGCAUAGCAAAACCUGGCAAAUUACAUGGCAACACACUUCUGAACCCUGCAGGAUUCAUGGAAUCUGUGGUGAAAAUAGUGUCUGUGUUAAUGAUCCUGAAAUCGGUAGAAAGUGCACUUGUUUACCCGGAUACAAGAUCAAAAAUGCCACAGAUUGGUCAUAUGGAUGUGAACCGGAUUUCCAGCUCUCUUGUACUAAUGCAAGUGCUUCAGGUUUUAUUCAACUCCCUCAUGUUGAAUUUUACGGCUUUGAUUUUCUCUACUUUGCUAAUUACACAUUUGAGAGUUGUAAAGCCGCCUGUUUGAAGUAUUGUCACUGCAAAGGAUUCCAAUUUCGGUUUCUCUCGGGUUAUUACAACUGUUACCUUAAAUACACUUUGUUCAAUGGAUAUCGCUCCCUGAAUUUCCCCGAUCCCAUGUUCAUAAGAUUGCCAAGUGACAAUCUAACCAAAUAUCCAAAUCCUGCCCAAGAUGUGAUCCUGCAAUGCACGAAUCAAGUCGCGCCGUUGGAAAGGAUUUAUCAGAGGAAAAAAGAUGGUUCUGUGAGGACUUUCUUGUUGUGUACUCUGGCAAUUGGAGCUUUUCAGAUUAUGUGCUUGCUGUCAUAUAUGUUCGCGACUCGAAAAAGAUCGAGCCGGGCUGUCCAUGACUACCAACAGAUUAGUCCUGGUUUCAGGGAAUUCAGCUAUGCAGAACUUAAAAAGGCAUCAAAAUGUUUUAGUGAGGAAAUUGGAAGAGGAGGGGAUAGUGUGGUGUACAAAGGCGUUUUGUCGGAUGAUCGGGUGGUUGCCAUCAAGUAUUUGGAAAAAGCCAAUCAAUGUGAAGCUACAUUUCUUGCAGAAAUCACCGCAAUCGGGAGGCUCAACCACAUGAACCUGAUGGAAAUUUGGGGAUAUUGUGCAGAAGGGGAUCACAGACUUUUGGUGUAUCAGUACAUGGAGAAUGGGUCCUUAGCUAAGAAGUUGUAUUCUGAUCAUAAGCUUGACUGGAAUAAGAGAUACGAAAUCGCUCUUGGCACGGCGAAAGGACUCGCUUACUUGCAUGAAGAAUGCUUGGAAUGGGUGUUACAUUGUGAUGUGAAGCCAGAAAACAUACUUUUGGACUCAAGCUAUCAUCCAAAAGUUGCAGAUUUUGGGCUUUCCAAGAUAUUGAAAAGGAGUGGUGUGGAUCACUCGAGGUUUUCGCGUAUAAGGGGAACCCGAGGAUACAUGGCUCCUGAAUGGCUUUUUAAUCUCCCGAUCACCUCCAAGGUCGAUGUUUACAGUUAUGGAAUCGUCAUUUUGGAACUGAUAACAGGAAAGAGCCCAACAGGAGGCUAUUCCAGCGAUGGAAGCAUUGCGGUCGAGGCGAAGAGUCUCGUAAAUUGGGUAAGGGAAAAAAUGCAAGAAUCAGAUGGAAGAUCUUCCCCAACCCCUCUUAAGGAAACUGUGGACCCGUCUUUGAAUGGAGAAUUUGACAUAGAAUCGACGGAAAUUUUGGCAAGAGUUGCACUGAAAUGCACUGAGGAAGACAAAGAUGCAAGACCUACAAUGCGCCAGGUUGUAAAUAUGUUGCUUGAUCAACCGAAUGAUCAAGUAGGAUUAAGGAAAUGUUCAAGUGUUAACUUCAAAAGGGACAACCAAUAAGUAGAUUUGUUUAGUAGAUGUUUUAUAGUUUGGGUCCUAAUUGUAAAGCUCAGAAUAGUAUUCAACAUGAUGGAUGUUACUUUUGGUCCACAUAAUCUCAUAAUUAGUCUAGCAAACAGAAAUUCUAACUCGAUUGUUCAGCUUUUUAUUAAUUUUUUUUACUACAACGGACGCUGAACUUUGAAGCCCUUUUAUUCCAGGUAUCCAAAAACAGAAGUUAAAUUUUCCUUUGUGGGGGAAAUUCUGUGGAGCAUUUAGUUCAGAAGAACUCAUAGUUUGAUGAUUAAUGUACCCUAAGAAGUAGGGCAUUAAAUCAAUCAAUUCAUUUAGGGACCCAAAUAUGUCAACUUCAAGAGCUGCAAAGUGUUCACAUUCACAUUUACGCAACUUGCAACUGCUGCGGAGAAUGACUGGCAUCGGUUUGUAUGGCGGCCGAUUUAGUUCGGACAGUUUGGAAUUUUUCGAGAAGCUUCCACACGUUUUAUUCCUCAACAACAUUUGGUCGUUUAUCAGAGAAUUCACCUCCUUACUGCUGAGUUUAUCAUAAAUAUGAUCGAAGUGAAUAAUGUUGUGUAUUUCAGUUCCAACUUACAGUAACUAUGUUGAGUUAGUUACUCGAUCAGUUUCAGGAAAUGAGGUUUGACUGAGUCUUCCUCCCUGUCGCUUUAGGAAAUUUUUUCAAAGAUGUCAAAAUGCAAUAAUAGUCAAACUAGUUCAGAAGUUUGACAAGUUUUAAAAACAGUACAAAAUCUUUGUUUUAUUUUCGUUAAAAAACUCACUCAUUGGCCAACAUUUUAUACAAUUACCAUCAUUGUAUGUUGAUAACUUAUACCUUUUCAAUCAC